AACUGGGUCAGGCAGCAGCCGACAACUCUCGUCCUUCUGACACACAGCUGGUGAUGGAGGUUAGCUGUACGACACACAACAUACGUCUGUGCUACAUAAAUAACACAUACUAGAUUCUACACAAACGAGAUUCUACACUACUCAAUUUGGAUUCAAUAGGAAAUUCCCGAUGGUUAUUUUUGUUUGUUGACACACGAGUGAACUACACACCAUCUGGCGAGGUUCUAUAUUUAGCGGCGAGUCACUAUCUUUGUUGACUGUGUGUUGGGGCAGUCUUCGCUUGCUGCUAGGCCUGAAUGUAAGUAGGUCUAGCUACCGAUGAUUGUGUCACAGUACUUCAGUGAUUGUGUGCUAGAAGUCAAUGAUUGUGCCACCAGGUCCAUGAUUGUGCCAUGGCUACCUGGGUGUGCUCGACCAAAAAGUUCCUGUCGUCUGCCAUCACGUCCAUAGCUGGGGAGCUCGAGCAGACGGUACUCGACUUUAACGACGCGAUCCACAACCUGAGCAACAAGCAGGAAGCCGCUAGAGUACAUGGCGCGCCCAGCGAGAUCCACCCGCACUCCACCGUGGUGGAACAUCCACCUCAAGCCGCUAGAGUACAUGGCGCACCCAGCGAUAUCCACCCGCACUCCACCGUGGUGGAGCAUCCACCUCAAGCUAAACCACUCACUAACAAGUCUGAUGUGGUUCUUGCUUUAGACCCCCAGCAGUGUGAGACUAGCCUACCUCACCUGCAAGAAAGUGAGACUAGCCUACCUCACCUGCAAGAAAGUGAGACUGUAUCUCACCUGCAAGAAAGUGAGACUAGCCCACCUCACCUGCAAGAAAGUGAGACUGUAUCUCACCUUCAAGAAAGUGAGACCUGUCCACCUCACCUUCAAGAAAGUGAGACUUACUUUCAACUUCCUGCAGUAACAACCAAACAGCCGCAGACGAUUGGCUUCGCGCCAAUUUUAAAUGCCCGACUCUCCAGGUCAUCCCCCUCCCUAUUCCCGGAUGAUGCAUCAUGGGAGAGGAAAUCAGAGAACAGUGACAGAUCCUCCCCUCUCGACUCUAUCUACUCGGCCUCCUCCCCCUGUCUGUACCAGCAGACACACACACAAACACAUACACAGACACAAACACACACACAGACACAGGGCUGUCUCCAGACCAGGCGACUUUUCUAUCGGGAAAACCCAAACUUCUCCCAGACGAUCAAUCUACCGGGACCGGAAGUCAUCUCACGCGGAGAUACGCUGGAGUUCCAGGGUUCGAAACCCGGCAGGUUCGGCAGGUCCCGGGUCGUCUGCCAGAAACGCCCGGGGCGGGUAGUGCGGACCUCGGGGGCAGACGAGCAGCAGACGGCAGAAGGCGAGCAGACCACUGACAGCAGCAGUGACGUCACCGACAGGCAGUGCGUGUUGGUCAACGCCCCGACCCACGUAUCCAUCGAGAGGGACCCACAUCCGCUCAGGUGGAUGACCCUGGAGCCCUUGUCACGUGUCUUGUCCUUCGCCUUCAGCCAGUUGGCCAACAUCAUCCUCAUGCUAUCAGACGACCAGCAGACGUACGACAGACCCCCCAGCCGACAGUUGACCUACGACAGACCGCCCAGCCGACAGAUGACCCUGACGUACGACACGCCUCGCCAGCAGACGACACCAGACUUGCAGACGCGCGAGGGACAUUUCCAGACGAUCUGUGACGUCAUCUCGCCAGACUCGUCCAUCAUUCGGUCAACAUACUCGUGCGAGAGCUUCGAGAUCAUCGACCCCUGUGACCCCUGUGACCCCUGCAGCCAUGAACCCUGCAGCCAUGACCCCUGCAGCCAUGACCCCAUGAGGGUUCGACUCACCCCUCCACCCGGUGAGAGAUCCUUCCUGUCGAGGCUGUACCACGGUAACCAUGACAACACGGACUCCCUGAGUGUAUCCGCCUUUGUCAGCGUCAACCCCGGUCUAACGUCAAGCGCUGAGUUUGUUAACUUCAACUUUAAAGAGCUCAUCAUCAACCGACAUUUCAACACGCUGAACCCAGUCCUAGCUGCUGACGUCACACAGCCGCCUGACGUCAUACAAUCUGACGUGUCAGCUGACAGUCCGGCCCUGACGCAAGCCGGAGCAGACGAUGACGGUGAUGACGACAGCACAUCGUUCUCCAUCAUCUCUGACAACGACAACGAGGAGUUCAUUGUCGUCUGAUUGUGUCGUCUGAUUGUGUCGUCUGAUUGGUUGUGUCGUCUGAUUGUGUCGUCUGAUUGAUUGUGUCGUCUGAUUGUGUCGUCUGAUUGUGUCGUCUGAUUGAUUGUGUCGUCUGAUUGUGUCGUCUGAUUGUGUCGUUCGUCUGAUCGUGUUGUCUGAUUGAUUGUGUCGUCUGAUUGUGUCGUUCGUCUGAUCGUGUCGUCUGAUUGAUUGUGUCGUCUGAUUGUGUCGUCUGAUCGUGUCGUCUAAUUGACUGACGUACACACUACCCUGUCGUACAAGUCAUGACCAGAGUUUCUACCAGGCAUCUCUUCGC